AUGGCCGGCUUCGGCGGCACCGUCGACUCACUCCUGGAGACCUACUCCAAGUGCAUGUUGCUGCUGAAAGGCUUGAGGGGCGCAAACAAGAACAGCCAGCCCCGGCAACUCAGGAGACGCAUUCGUUCAGACCGGUCCAAGGUGCGAAGUGUAUACUCAUCGAGGCUGUCGCUGAAUGGGACUCGCCUCGAGAAAGGCGAUGCUGCGGCACGCUCGUCACUGAGGAAGAUCAUCAAACGCCUGACGUCUGCCAUGACCCGACUGCUACGCGUCAUGACGAGAACCCAGAACCCCGUUAUCGACUACCGGUCUCUGAGGUCGCUGUCCAACUCGUCACGCGUAGAUGCGGUCAGAACCAUCAAUGAGCUCUCUCGACGGCUGAGCAGCUCAUCUCUCAGGUCGAGUCCAGGCGCGAGCAUGAAAAGAGAGGACAAAAAGAGAACCGAGUCACCUAACAAGAGGUCAAAAUCGAAGCGCGCGAAACCUGCCAAACCCGCCAAGGACAAGGCAGAGCCCGUCGUCAAGGAGGGAGAAUAUCGUCCUUUGCCUCUUCCCCCACCGGGCUCCAGUGCCAUGCUCCAAAUCGACCCAAAGAAGCGCAUCUCACUGGCUACCAUGUCAUCAGGAAGCACGAAGCUUGGUGAAAUUGUCCCUAAGAAGCUCCGUCGACGGCAGUCAGAUUAUUCGGCGGCAUCCGAUGAGUUUACCGUGCAGCCAACCUUCCCGUUGAGGCCGUAUCUGCCCGAGACUAAGAAGAAGAAGUUCUUGGGAUUGUUUGGGCGAGGUUGA